AUGGCAAGCAGGACGGCACACGAUAAAACAAAGUGUAGACGACGAAAAUCAAAAAAUUAUGAAGAUAAUGAUUGUGCAAGCCUCGCUUGGCUCCUGAACUUUAGGUUAGAUGACUUCGUAAACGUUAAAGUCCCCGAAGAUAACGUACCGGAGCCUAAAGUUAGGGACGAAUGCCCCGUAGCAAAGAAACCGCCGUACACUUAUCCAGAAUUGAUAGAACGAGCGUUAAGAGAAAAUGGAGAAUUAACAGUGUCUGCUAUAUAUCAAUGGAUAUCUGACCGCUUCCCCUUUUAUAAAGCAAACGAUGACCGCUGGAAGAACUCCGUCCGGCACAACUUAUCUAUCAAUCCACAUUUUCGCAAAGGCGCGAGAGCGUCGCAGGGGGCCGGCCAUCUCUGGUCACUCGCUGCCAACGCUAUAGACCUACUUCCUUUAAGAAACCAGUACCCAGUAGAAGAAAAUAUUGAAAAAGUACAAGAAAGCCAAGUUAUUGAAUGCCCAAAGGUCAUUGUUUUGGACGAAGCAGCCAUCGCGGCCGCUAGCAUUUUACCCGAUCAGGAUCUAUUUACAGGUAACACAAUGUUUCUAAACCCAGUGUCAACAGAGCAAGUCGUACGCGAGUGCGGACUCAUUACUAUG